AUGGAGGCGGCUCGGGACGCCCCCCUGGGGAACGGCGGGGGCGAGGCGCUGCUGGGUGAGCUGGAGGCGCUGGUCCGGGACGUGGAGAGGGCGAGCUCGUGGUGGGAGCGCCACGGCGUGGACUGCGCCAUCCUCGCGCUCAGCCUUCUCGCCUUGCCGGCCGGGUUCUUAUGCCUGCGCUCUGAGAACGUCGUGGCCCUGGGGCUGGGCAUUACCAUCCUGGGGAUGAGCCACUACACACUCACUGUCAAGGGCAGCCACUUGGCCACUCACGGGGCGCUCACAGAGUCCAAAGGCUGGAGCAAGAUCUGGGAGCUGUUCUUUGUGGAGGUCUGCUCGUCCUUCAGCGCAGAGUAUGCCAAGUACGGACACGUCAAGAUGCACCACGGUUACACCAACGUGCUGGGCCUGGGGGACUCGAGCACGUGGCGGCUGCCUUGCCUCAACCGCUUCGUGUACAUGUUCCUGGCUCCUCUCUUGAUCCCCAUCAUAACCCCGCUGGUGGCAGUCGAGCGUCUGAGGAAGGUGGAGCUCAGGUCUGCUGUGUGCACGCUGGGCCUGAUUUCCCUGGGCCUCUACGCUCACUACUGGCUGCUUCUGAACGUGUCUGGCUUCAGGAGCCCCGGCUCGGCCCUGCUGUGCAUGCUCGUCACCAGAUCGCUGCUGGCCCAUCCUUACCUUCAUGUCAACAUCUUCCAGCACAUCGGGCUGCCCAUGUUUUCCCGGGACAGGAAGCCCCGGCGGAUUCACAUGAUGAGCCUGGGCGUGCUGAACCUGCCCCGGCUGCCGGUGCUGGACUGGGCGUUCGGCCACUCCCUCAUCAGCUGCCACGUGGAGCACCACCUCUUCCCCUGGCUCUCUGACAACAUGUGUCUGAAGGUGAAGCCCAUGGUGUCCGGGUUCCUCCAUGAAAAGCAGCUGCCGUACAACGAGGACUCUUACCUGGCUCGAUUCAGGCUGUUUCUCAAUCGCUACGAGGAGCUCAUGGUGCAGACCCCUCCCAUCACCGAACUGGUGGGGUUGCAGUGAGGGGUGGGCCACACAGUCACCCUGCACCCCCUCCCUGGCCCAACCCUAGCUCUCUUGCUUCUGCUAGCCUGCCCUCACCCCAGGAGGGCCUGGGCCCUCCCCCAGUGUGGUGGCUGGGUUGCUGGUGGUGGUGGAGUGGGCCAGUGAGGUGGAGUGCUGCAGCUGGGAUUUCUGGGGAUAACCUGCCUUGCUUGCUUUUCUGGGGUUUAAGGGAUAUCCGGGAGAAAGGAGUAACAGCGGCUGGGCGUUCUGGUCAGUUUGGACCUCAGCCGACCUUAUCUCAGGGCUAAACAGCUGGAUUCCUCUCCUGCUGUGUCUGAGCCUCUGUAGGGUUAAGGGAAGGUGAUGGG